UAAUUUUUUUUUUAAAAUGAGUGAGAAAAUGACAAGUCGUUAAUAUAAUAAUGCGACUAAAGAACUAGUGAAAGAGUGUGUUUUAUGAGCUGGUAUUAAUAAGUGGCGUCCUUUCCAAAACUAUACCCAUUUUUAGAUAUUUUCGAAUACUACACCAGAUAUAUGUACAAACACAAAAUAUAAAUCUAUUUGUUCAUAUUUAUCUCACUUUAUUUUAUACUUCCAACUUUUUUUAUUUUUUGGGAGAGUAAUUUAAGAAGAAAAAAAAAAAAAUGGGGGUAAUGGAUCAUAUUUCCGAUUACUUUGAUUGUUCUGGUCAUGGUCACCGCCACCACCGCAAACAGCUUCAGACGGUGGAGAUCAAGAUUAAGAUAGACUGUGAAGGAUGUGAACGGAAGGUGAGGAGGGCAGUGGAAGGGAUGGAAGGUGUAAACCAAGUUGACAUAGAGCCCAAGCUAAGCAAGCUGACAGUAGUUGGAUACGUCGAGCCUAGGAAGGUGUUAGCUCGUGUCAAGCACCGAACAGGCAAGAGGGCGGAGAUGUGGCCUUAUGUGCCAUAUGAUGUAGUUGGACACCCUUACGCCGCUGGGACGUAUGACAGGAAAGCACCUGCUGGGUAUGUGAGAAGUUCUGAGUAUAAUGAUCCGCGAACUAAUCAGUUGUCACGUAUGAGCUCUACCGAGGUGCGUUACACCACAGCAUUCAGUGAUGAAAACCCUGCUGCAUGUUCUAUCAUGUGAUUCUCAUUAAUCAUUAAGGAGAAAUUUUCUCAGUAUAUGUUAUACUUCAUAUGUCAAAAGACUCCUUUUUCUUUAGUGGUUUGGCAAUUAGGUCUAUAAUUGGACAAGUUUGUACUAUAUGUUUGUAUUGGAUUGGUGUCAUUAAGGUUAUCUUCCAAUCAUAAAUCACAAUGUUAAUUAAGUAUUGGAGAUGCUAAUUUUGAGACUUGGAGGGACUGGGUUUUUUUAAUGAAUAUACUUUUUCUUAUAUUUGGAGGAAA